AUUAGCUGGGUUUGUACAGUGUAACCCGUCUGCUGACCCAAGAAGAGGUGAGACCUUUUUUUUUUUUUUUUUACAGUGGAAUAGGGUUGGAGUGUCACUUACUGUACACUUCAUGCAGCUAAAACUUCUCUGCAGGACAAUGAUGGUAUUUGAAUUAUGGCUAAGGCAAGGUGUGCUUGUGCUCAUGCUGAGUCUACAUGGAGUCAAUAUGGAGCACCUCCAAGCUGAGAACUUGUAUCUCCUACCUCUUGAUCAGCACAAUGUUGUCCUGAACCAGGGAAUGAGAGUGCUGCCAAGGGACUGUCAUGAAAUGCUGGUGACCUCUUCAGGUAAUGCUAGAGACGGGGUCUACCUAAUCCAACCUCGGGACACCCGCAUUGUAGCGUAUUGUGCCAUGCAGGAGGGCGGCUGGACCAUUGUGCAGCACAUCACCGUCAACAGCAGCGUCAGUUUUGACCGCUUCUGGACUGACUACAAGCACGGCUUUGGGGACAUCACGGGAGAUCACUGGCUUGGAAACGAAUACCUUCAUCAGCUCACAGGAGGCCCGGGGCACUACACGCUUGGAGUCAAACUAGUGGACCGAGAUGCCAUCACAAAGACGGGAGAGUACGACCCUUUUCUGGUGGAGGAUGAAUCAUCGGCAUACAGGCUGAGGCUGGGGCUGUACCAGGGCACAGCUGUGGAUGCCCUCACCCUGGACACGGAGAACUACCUGCACGACAACCAGAAAUUCACCACAAAGGACCGAGACAAUGAUAACUACUUCCAGAACUGUGCCAAGCUGGAGUUCCAGGGGGUUGCAGGAGGGGGUUGGUGGUACGACGCAUGCGCAGGUGCCAAUUUGAACCGCAGGAAUGUCAUCUACUGGCAAAAAGACUGCAACAAGGAGCGGCUGUGCAAGUAUGCAUGGAUGAUGGUCAGACCCUCACAGACUCCUAAAAUCAUUCACAGUAAAGACGAGCUAUGAGGACACUUUCCAUCAGGGGUAAACUAGCAACACAAGCGUCAACUCCUAAUAGAUGAUAGAAACACAUUUAUUUAGAAAAAACAUGAUUGAACAUGAUCAAGAUAUACAGAACAUUACAACAAUGUUUUGCCUGUACAUAAGUGUACAUUGCAAAGUGUAGGAUCCCAUCAUUUCACCAAAAGUACUUGGUAAUGUGUUUGGCCACAAUACUUCAAAAUGAUGAAAGCAUUGAAAAACUAGAACAGUAAUCUAGUACUAAAAUAAAAUAUACUGAGGAACAGUUUUCAAAGUGUGAAACCAGCCCCCCCUGGGAGGCGCCAGAGGACCACCAACAGCUUGAGAACACUAUUUUGGGUGGUGUUUAUAAAAUUGCCUUGAAAUGUAUAUACUGUACGGUGAAUGUGAGGAAAUCAUGUUUUACCAUCUUUUACAGCCCAGCUGGACAAAACAUUAUAUUAAGAACAGAAGCAAUAUUAGCUAUAUAUACAGCCAGUGUACAGUACAGUAAAGAAAGGUGUUAGGGGAGGCUACAACUGUUUCACACUUUUGAAUAAAAAACUAAACUAUACUGCUAAAGCUCCCUUUGUUGACAUUUCUUCCUAUAACUGAUUUGUAUUUGGAUUGGCUAAAAAAAAAUGCUGGACUGGCUGGACUUCAGUCAUAAGGUUUUAAUUCCUAUAACAUGUAUAGUAUCUUUGUUGUCCAAUGCAAAGUAUGUAUCUCCAUUUGUCUAUGAAUAAAACAAUAAAUA